AUGAAGAUUUACAGAUGGCAGAAGGAUAUUGGGUACGAUGGACCUGUUGCAGUGGGAACCGACGAAACCGUGUGUGUUAAAGCCCUUCGUGUUAGUGGAGAGUUUGUAGUAGGUUCUCAAGGAGGAGAUGUUCGCUUUGAGUCCAUGCAAGACCUUACAGCUAAAGUUAAAGACUUGAUCGAGCACAAAAAACUGUGCUCAAAAAUUCGGGCAUAUACUGUUCAGGUACCACUACCUGGUGUUCCGACUUAUGUUGUGGCCCUCUUACCUAGUAACCAGAACGAAACCGCUGAGGAUGUCUGUAUACAGCACGAGUCGUUCCUUAAUCUCGCGCAAGACGCCGGUCUUAAAGUUCUAUCACUUGGCUCGGAUGGUGCGGCCACUGAGAUGUUGGCACAACUAUUACUAACCUCUAAAGCAAUCAACUAUAUUGAAUUUUCUCGACCUCAAGCAGGUAUCCACAUCAAAAUACCGCUGUUUGGAUCCAAUCCAACACCUCUGGUGAUUGUGCAAGACCCAAAACAUGCACGCAAGACAGGAGCUAAUCAACUGCUAUCUGGAGCUCGACUUCUUGCGUUUGGUAAAUACUACAUAAACAUAGGUCACAUGGUAUUGUUGAUGCAGGACGAAAAUAGUUCCCUUUAUCAAAAGGAUGUAUUUAACAUUGACAGGCAAGAUGACGGACGAGCCUAUCGAUCCCUCAACAAUGAUACACUUGAACUUGCUUUGCAACAUCCGGAAUGUACUGGACUCGCUGUGUACUUGUUUAUCAUAGGUGAAUUGGUUGACGCAUGGCUCAGCAACUCUGCUUCACAUGAAGAACGUAUCCUAUCGUCACAUACAGCCGAUGUAUUUCUAAAGCGUUGGAAAGCCUUUCUCAAAGAACAGUACGACGACACAGACGGGCUCAUGUCAUUAGAUCGAAAUGGUAUUUCUCACCCGGCUUGGAAAAUAUUUAGCCAACUUGCUUCCUCGCUUGUUGCUUUGAUCAUCUCGCAUCGCGAGCACUUCCCAGAUGCGCCCUUCGUACCUUGGAAGCAUGGAACUGAGGCGUGUGAACACAUCUUUGGUUGGAUGCGGGUGAUUUUGCCCAAAUUCACAAUGCUUGAUGCACGACAAAUGAUGCCCAAGAUAUUCACAAUCAUCAGACGCAUCAUGUUGAAGAGAAUCAAGAUGCCCAAAUCUGAACACAUUCACGCAGGCUACAACCUUUCCUUCUCGGACGAACCAGCUUCGCUUGAACAGGCGAAGCUUCUCAAGAUAUUUCCUUCCGACCAGAGGAUUCAUAGUAUCAUGGCUUUAGCAGAGAAGCGUGCCCAGACCUUGAUUGAAUUCACUGGCAUGCAGGUGGUUUCGCGUGCUAAACCUACCCCCUCGGAUCAUCAACACAACCCUGAUGAAUCACACAUUGAUGAAGAUCACAGUGUUUCGGUUGGAAUUACAAAACGCUACGAUAUAGUUUAUCAAGAAGAUGAAAACGAUCCACAACUUGGAGCGAGCUUACACGCAGCUGCUAGUAUCACUCAAGAACGUCACAAUCUUGACUGUGACCUCGAUUCUCUGGAUGAUGUCACUAUUGAAUCAGUUGAGCUGAACGCAAAUCGAAUGUCAAUUUCAAGUCUAUUGAACCCUAAAGCUGACACGCAAGUAUUCCAGAGCCUCAUGUUGAUCGAUCUCCGCAGGACUCAGCCGCAGAGUUGGAUUUAG